CGCCGCGCGCCGGGGCCAGGAGGAGGCGGGCGAGGGCGGCGCGUGCUCUGUGUGCUGGAUACCCGGAGACCCCGAGACAGGGGAGUCUCGGCGGCCGCCGCCGUCAUGGUUUCGCGCUUGCAGCUCCCGCCUGAAAUCCAGCUGGCACAGCGUCUGGCGGGGAAUGAGCAGGUGACCCGGGACCGGGCGGUGAGGAAGCUCCGGAAAUACAUCGUCGCCAGGACUCAGCGGGCCGCAGGUGGUUUUACUCACGACGAGCUGCUGAAGGUGUGGAAAGGACUGUUCUAUUGCAUGUGGAUGCAGGACAAGCCGCUCCUCCAGGAAGAAUUAGGAAGGACCAUUUCCCAGCUCGUUCAUGCUUUUCAGACCACGGAGGCGCAGCACCUGUUCCUUCAGGCCUUCUGGCAGACCAUGAAUCGCGAGUGGACAGGCAUCGACAGGCUGCGCCUGGAUAAGUUCUACAUGCUCAUGAGGAUGGUCCUGAACGAGUCCUUGAAGGUUCUGAAGAUGCGAGGCUGGGAAGAAAGACAGAUCGAGGAGCUGCUAGAGCUGCUGACGAGCGAGAUCCUGCACCCCAGCAGCCAGGCCCCCCACGGGGUGAAGAGCCACUUCAUUGAGAUCUUCCUGGAGGAGCUGACCAAAGUGGGCGCUGAGGAGCUUACAGCAGACCAGAACCUGAAGUUCAUCGACCCCUUCUGCAGAAUCGCCGCCCGGACCAAGGAUUCCCUGGUUUUGAACAACAUCACUCGAGGCAUCUUUGAGACGAUCGUGGAGCAGGCCCCACUUGCCAUUGAAGACCUCCUGAAUGAACUGGACGCACGGGAUGAGGAGGCGGCGUCGGACAGUGAGGAGUCCUCUGAGGGCGGUGAGCGCGGAGAUACGCUGUCCCAGAAGAGGUCUGAAAAGCCGCCCGCAGGCUCUGUCUGCAGGGCUGAACCUGAGGCUGGUGAGCAGACAGGUGACGACAGGGACAGUGGUGGCCCUGUCCUCCAGUUUGACUACGAGGCAGUUGCUAACAGACUGUUUGAAAUGGCCAGCCGCCAGAGCACCCCUUCUCAGAACAGGAAGCGUCUCUACAAAGUGAUCCGGAAGCUACAGGACCUGGCAGGAGGCAUCUUCCCUGAGGACGAGAUCCCGGAGAAGGCCUGCAGGCGUCUGCUUGAAGGGAGGCGGCAGAAGAAGACGAAGAAGCAGAAGCGUCUGCUCAGGUUGCAGCGCGAGAGAGGGGCUGUCUUCCCUCUUGGGCCUCUGGUCACACGAGUGUGUUUGGCAUGUGUCGCCCUCAUCAGGGGCAACCCAGGGCCUGGAGCUGCCUACCUGCAGUGGAGGGGGUUGAGCACAGUGCCGGGCAGGGCACGGGGCCCAUGGCAGGAAUGGGGUGCAUAGGAGGGAGACAGUGGCUUUGCCCCACACUGGGAAGCCUUACCUGUUACUCUCUCCAUGCCAAACCGGCCCUAGGGCCUAGGGAUUCACCGCUUCCCGUCCCCGGAGCCCUGUGCCUCUGAGGCCCGUCCGUCUCAUUUCCCAUGGGGCAGCGGCCUCCUCUGCAGCCGGCCCUUGGCCUGGUUCCUGCACCCGUACCAGACACCGUCUGUGUGGCUCUGUGUGCAGCAAGCUUUGUGAACACUGUCGGCCCUGGCGUUCAGGGCCUGGCACUGCCCAGCAUCCUUCUUCCACCUCCCCUUCUACCUUGAGCCCAGUCCUGCCUACUCUGUGCCUUUGCUCACGGGUCUCGCGACCCUGUCCUCACGCUAGUCCUUCCGAGGUCAGCCCUCGCUGGGGUCCUGAGCCGUGUGGGUAGAGCUUGGCGCCCACACUGGACACGGGAUGCAUCUGGCUGGCUGGUGUGGCCGUGUUGUCCUCCCAGCUCUGUGGUGCUGGCGUCCUCAGCCCAACUUGGAGUGAGUGGAAGGAGCCCAUGCUGGCAUUCUCUGGCUCAUGGGGUCUUGCUGUUU